AUUAUCUGCGUACUUCUUUGGAAGGCUGUUUGAUGAUGAAGAAGACAAAAAUAUGUCAAGGGGAUCUUUGUGUUUAUUAGUCGUCUAGCAAUUAAACUUUAACUUUGAGCUCAAGCCCAGUGGUGCCUAACAGGCCUCUUUAGAGAUCUUAAUUCCUUCAUUUAUGAUUUUCUUCUUGAUAUGAUGUAAACGUUCCACCAAAAAAGGUGACAAUAUGCCAUUUUUUUAUGUUUGUAUUUUUGCUUCAAUUAGAUGGAAGUUGGAAUUGAGGAUUGCCUACACAUUGAAUUCGAAUACAGUAAAAGCAAGUAAGUGGUCUAGAGUGAAUCUUGAAACAGUUGGGUUUUAGCAAAUUCUUGGAAGAAUACUUUGCACUCAGUUGGGGAAUUUUCAUAUAGUUAUAUUGGGUUCUAAAAUAAUCAGGUAUCAUUUGAAGGAUGUCAUUAUUGGAAAAAUAUAUUUUCUCCUAGUGAGAAUUAAGCUUAAAAAUAUGGAGCUUGAGAUCAGACGCCGGGAAUCAACUGGAUCAGGGCCUAAUACUUACGUUGAGACAGAGACUCUUGCAAAAUUUGAGUUGAUGGAUGGUGCUCCCGUUAGAGGAGAAUCAAUUCCAAUUAGACUCUUCCUUAGUCCAUAUGAACUGACACCAACAUACCGUAACAUCAAUAACAAGUUCAGUGUGAAAUACUAUCUGAAUCUUGUUUUGGUGGAUGAAGAAGAUCGGAGGUAUUUUAAGCAGCAGGAAAUCACUAUGUACCGGCUUGUUGAAAAUUCUUAAGUUUCUUUUAAAUCUGGAGGACCUGAAACCUUCAAACGUGGGAAAAGAGACUCUAAUACCUUUGUUGCAUAUCAAAGUGGGACUCUUCUUCUGGCUUUUGGAUCAAGGAAGAUGAUUGCUUUUGUUAUCUUCCACAAUGCUUCAAUUUUUUACUAUCUAUUGAUCCAAUGAAGCCCCUUGGAAAUGAGAGGCCAUUUUAAGGUUAGGGUAAGAGUGCUUGGACUCUGAUAGGGGUUUCUCCAUUAUGGGAUGGUUAUGUUUGAUGACUUCAUUUCCACUCGCUGUAUCCUACACUAUAGGCUUUGUCUAGUGUUCUGAAAUCACUGAGGAAACCGAUAUCUUAUCAUUUAAUUGUCAAUGAACAGAAAAAUAAGUAUUGCUGUAUCAGGAUCUUGGCAAAAUAAGUUUCCUUUAUAUUGGAUUGGCUCCUCUUCUUUUUUUUCUUUUUUUUGAAAGCUUUAGUAUUAGAGUGCACUUGCAGUAAUGACUAUUGUGCUUUGUAAGCUUCCCCUUCCCCCAAGUUUCCCAAUGUUCUAAGAGAACCUCCUGAAUUAGAUUUAACUUUGUAUAUCAUAUGCAUUUCCACAAUCAAGCCGAGUAUGGAGA